AAAUAAACACGUCGUGUUUUUGGCCCAGCAAUUUUUUCGAUAAUGCUGAACGAAAUCCUUUACUGAACAGGAAAAACCACCACAGCAUACGUGUGCUGUAUGUUAUCGUGAACAGAAAAUAGUUUAGUUUCGUUAGAGCAACACAGAAUAAAUUGCGGCACCAUGUCUCGCCACCGAAAUGUGCGCAACGCUGUCUACGAUGAUUACGACGAUGACGACUAUCAGUACGGGCAGUCGGUGGAGGACGAUUGUAUCUCGCCCACCGACGCCUCGCAAUGGAUCUACGACCGUGCCAAAGGGCAACAAAGUAUGUCCGAAUUUCUCGCCAACAAUCGCGACAUCGAAGAAGAAGACGACGAUGAGCUGGCGGCUGAGACGGGUCGCGAAGGCCCGGCACACAAGAGGCGCGAUUCGGAGUGUUUUCAAAUGCCGGAACUAAACGAUGAAGAUCGCGCACGGUUGAUGUCCUGUAUGGAUGAGAUCCGGGAUAUUGUCGGCGAAACGUGCAGCGACCGGCAGAUGGUGGAAGCGAUCAUGAAGCACGAUUACGAAUGCAGCAAGGCGCUGGACGAGAUACUGAACAGUAACAAGACGCCACCCGCGGCGCUGGGUGCGAAACCCGGCAGCAAACUGACGGCGGGUGCUGCGAUGGAAAAAGGUAUUGGUGAACGUUUGCUGGAACGCUCGGAGAAGAAGCUUCAAGCUGCUGGCCGCAACGUACCGAUCAUCGUCGCAACGCCCUCGGCCGACGUGCGCCCUUCGAACGAUGCAGCCUCGACCGUGAUCAUAACGCCCAACGCUUCGGUGGCGAAGAAAACGCUCGCCUUUGAGGUGACCAGCAGCCCCCGGAUGCAGUCACCCAGUGUAUCCGGACGCAAUACGCCCGAAAUUACCGAGGAAGCCGCCCGGCAGCAGCAGUCGUUCAAAUCCACCCCGAAGGAACCGUCGCGGAAUGCGAAGGAGCUGUUUGGCAAGGAACGGGGCGAUCGGAAGGAUCACAUCCACAUGGUGGUGAUCGGGCACGUGGAUGCGGGCAAGAGCACACUGAUGGGUCAUUUGCUGUACGACACGGGCAAUGUUUCCCAGCGCAUCAUGCACAAACACGAGCAGGAGAGUAAAAAGCUCGGCAAAUCGAGCUUCAUGUAUGCCUGGGUGUUGGACGAAACGGGCGAGGAGCGCGAGCGGGGCAUCACGAUGGACGUCGGUAGCACGCGGUUCGAGACGGCCAAGAAAGAGAUUACACUGCUCGAUGCACCAGGACAUAAGGACUUUAUCCCGAACAUGAUAUCGGGAGCGAAUCAGGCGGACGUGGCACUGCUCGUUGUGGACGCGACUCGCGGUGAGUUUGAAACCGGCUUCGAGCAGGGUGGCCAAACACGGGAGCACGCUCUGCUGGUGCGCUCGCUGGGCGUUAGUCAGCUGGGCGUGGUCGUCAACAAGCUGGACACGGUGGGUUGGUCGAAGGAGCGAUUCGAUGAAAUCGUGAACAAGCUGAAGGUGUUCCUCAAGCAGGCAGGGUUCCGCGAUGCGGACGUUACCUACGUACCCUGCUCUGGGCUUACCGGCGAGAAUCUGGUAAAGGAUCCAACGGAUCCAGCAUUGACCGCGUGGUACAAUGGACCGACACUGUUGAAAGUGAUAGAUUCCUUUAAAACACCGGACCGUGCUAUCGAUAAACCGUUCCGCCUGUCGGUGGCAGACAUAUUCAAAGGUACCGGUUCCGGAUUCUGCCUCUGCGGUCGCAUCGAGUCGGGCAUGGUGUGCGUUAACGAUAAGGUGCUGGUGUGCCCGAGCAAGGAGCAGGCCGUGGUCAAGAACAUUACUAUCGACGAGUUACCACAGCAGACCGCGUUUGCGGGCGACCAGGUCUCGCUAACGCUGGCCAACAUCGACAUCAACAACAUUUCGGUCGGCUACAUCCUGUCCGAUAUUUACCAUCCGGUUCCGCUCGCCACCCGGAUACUGGCACGAAUCGUCGUGUUCAACAUCAAGGUGCCGAUCACGCGCGGCUAUCCGGUGCUGCUGCAUCACCAGUCGCUAAUCGAGCCGGCCACCAUACGCAAGCUGAAGGCACAGCUGCACAAGGGCACCGGGGAGGUCAUCAAGAAGAAUCCACGCUGUCUGGGCAACAAUUCGUGCGCGCUGGUGGAGAUUGAAUUUCAGCGACCGAUCGGCAUGGAGCGGUAUGCGGAUUUUAAGGAUCUCGGCAGAAUUAUGCUGCGCGUGGAGGGUGUGACGAUUGCUGCCGGGCUGGUGACGGAGAUUGUAAAGUAGGCGGUGAAUGAAAUCGGAUCACCGCUUGCUUCGCUGCGCUUCCUCACGCACUUGCCCGUUGCUAAUUCGUUCAGUGCGUGUGUGUGUGAGGAGAAAUAAAAGUGUAAUCAAAUCCGAGAAA